UGCAACCGCUGUGUGCAAUUAUAUAUUAAACUGAAGUGAUAACUAUUUAUCUGUCAUCUAUCUUGGUAAGUAUAUAUGCAUGAGUGGUGUAAACAAUUCAGGGUGGUUUUAUAUUUCAUUAUCAGCAACUAUCAAAUAUUUCAUACCUUCUGCUGUGCAUGAAAGUUUAUAAGAAUUAUUGGGAUAAGAAAAUAUUGUUCUUUUUGGAAGAUUACAAUAUGAAGAUUUUUUUUUUUUUUUUUUUUUUUUUUUUUUUGGACAGUGUUACUUCUGUUGUUCUUUAGUACUUUGAUAUUACAUGUUGUAUGUGCUGCAUUAAGUUCUGUUCUGACUCUAUCUGGGCUGUGUUUCAUAAAAGCACAAUAACCUUAAGUUGAUACUACAAUCUAUUGUCUCCACAAUCUACUUAGGCUUAUACAAUGCUAUUUGGAAAACACAGCCCUGUACUGUAAUGUAUGUUUUGUUUAGGUCACAGAUGGACAACCUGACAUUCAGAUACAGCAUACUCCUAAUGGAAGGACUACAAAUUACACAUCUGUCCAAUCAUCUUGCAUUCAUGCUUUUUUUGCUUGCUUACAUAUUUAUUAUAGUCUCUAACAUUGGGAUUUUGAUUCAGAUCUCAGUGGAAAAAAGGUUACAUCAACCUAUGCACAUUCUUUUCUGCAAUUUGCCACUGAAUGAUUUAUUAGGGACAACUGUUCUUUUGCCACGCUUGAUGAGUCAAAUUUCAACAGACCCCUCUGAGCGCUACAUCACAUAUGUGGAGUGCGCUAUGCAAGCUUUUAUUGGACAUGUAUAUGGGACAGCAUCCCACACUAUUCUAAUGAUCAUGGCCUUUGACAGAUAUGUGGCCAUUUGCAAUCCAUUGCGAUACCCAACUAUAAUGAGCAAUAAUAUGGUGGUUAAACUGUCGGCAGGAGCUUGGGGUGCUGCAGUAGUGCUGGUGGGAAUUCUGAUCGGCCUCAGUGUGCGUCUGUCUCACUGCAGAUCUGUGAUUCAAAAUCUGUUUUGUGACAACGCUUCACUAUUUAAACUGUCCUGUGAAAAUACAAUGAUUAAUAAUGUAUAUGGAUUAACUUUUACUGUGGUUUUACUAACAUCCUCAUUGGGGAGUGUGGUAUUUACAUAUCUCAGAAUAGUGAUGGUAUGCUUCAAAAGCAAAAACAAAGCAACCAACAGCAAAGCAAUAAAAACCUGCAGUGCUCACCUGGCUGUUUAUAUAAUCAUGAUGGUUUCUGGAUUCACCAUAAUUUUUCUUCAUCGUUUCUCUGCAUCCUCUGAAAGUAGACAUUUACCUAGUAUAAUGUUCCAUGUUAUUCCACCAAGCUUGAAUCCCAUAAUAUAUGGUUUGCAAGCAAAGGAAAUCAGACAGAGACUGUUUAAACUUUUUUAUAAAAGUAAAGUUAACUCAAUGUGA